AUGCUGGGCCCUCACCUCCCACCGCCGCCCCUCGGGCCCGGCCAGGGGAGGCCGUCCCCCUGUGCCUUCCGGAUCCCUGACGGGAGCUACAGGUGUCUGGCUCUGGAGACCGAAGAGAGCAGCGAGGAGGGCCUGCAGGGAGAGGCAGGCGCGGGUGUGGCCGAGGACGAGGUGGUCAGCCGGAGUGGGGAUGGCCCUGCCUGCAGAGCCGCCCAGGGGGCCCCGCAGCCGCCCAGCUGCUCCAGGGAGACACAAGGGAGCCCCCGGCAGGAUGGCAGGGCCAGCCAGGACGGGCGCGACGGGAAGGUCCAGCAGGUGAUGACAGCUAGCCCCAGCCCAGGCCUUGGGCCCAGGGUGGCCCAGAAGCCAGCACUGGGCCGGAGCGCCAGCCUCACUGAGAGGGAUUUGAAGGAGGCCAAGGUGCGGAGCCAGCAGAUCGCGGCCCAGCUGACCACCCCGCCCAGCUCCAACUCCCGUGGCGUCCAGCUCUUCAACCGGCGCCGGCAGAGGGUGAACGAGUUCACCUUGGAGAGCCGUGGCCAGCGGGGACAGAAGCCCAGCCCGGGGUCCCUCGGAGCACCGCCCGCCAGCCCCGCAGGCCAUGCCCCAGGGCUCGGCCUGAGCUGCCUCCCACCGCCCAAGCCAGGCGCCCCCAGGGCCCCUCGUCCCCAGAGCCCCGACCGUGGGGCCCCUGGCCACAGCAUGGAGGGCUACUCGGAGGAGGCCAGCCUGCUGCGGCACUUGGAGAAGGUGGCCAGUGAGGAGGAAGAGGUGCCGCUGGUGGUGUACCUGAAGGAGAACGCGGCACUGCUGACGGCCAACGGGCUCCACCUGGGCCAGAGCCGCGACGCGCCGCCCUCCUGCCCGACGCCCCCUCCCACCGAGGCCCCCAGCCCGGCCGCCGAUGUCAACCAGAACCUGUCGUCCCCCAGCACCACGCCCGCCCCACCCGCUUCAAACAGCAGCCACAACCCUCCGGCCCCCGAUGUCAAUCAGAACCCGCCGGUGACGAGCGUCCCACAGGGACUGGCACUUUCUGGUGACGAGCGGAACUCCUCAGAGGCCCAGCUCCCACCCCACAGCACGGCACCAGCUUCCACCCCUGGCAGCGUGUGCGCCAACGGGCAGCCCCGGGUGCCGGCCGAAGAGGUGAGAUCCAGCACGCUCUUGAUCGACAAGGUGUCGGCCCCACCGGCCGCCACCGGCAUCUUCUCCAGAGAAGUGGCUGCCAUCCCCAGCUGCAGGCCCCUGGCCUCCGAGUACACGUCCAGCUCCCUGCUCAUCGACGUCCAGCCCGACGCCAUGGUGGUGUCAGCAGACCAAGAGCUGAUUGGGCGGUCGGCGGCCACCAUGCCCUCCAAGGUGUAUAGCGAGGUGCACUUCACGCUGGCCAAGCCCCCGUCGGUGGUCAACAGGACGGCCAGGCCUUUUGGGAUCCAGACGCCAGAGGGGCCCAGCCAGCUGGAGCGGAGCCCCAUGCUAGAGAGGCGACAUCUUGGGGAGAAGGCGCCAGCCCCGCAGCCCCCCAGCGUGGCAGACAGGAGCCCCCGGCCCCAGAGACAUGUCAUGGCUCACAGCCCCAUGGUGGAGAGGAGGCUGGUGGGGCAGCGAAGCCCCAUCCCGGAAAGACGCCCCCUGGGGACCUUCACCCCGCCCCCCACCUACGCGGAGACCUUGUCCACAGCCCCUCUGGCGUCCCGGGUCCGGUCUCCCCCCUCCUACUCAGCCCUGUACCCCAGCCCCGACCCCAGGCCUUCGUACCUGAAGGGCCAGGCGGCUCCCGCCAGCAAGACGGGCAUCCUGGAGGAGUCCAUGGCCCGCCGGGGCAGCCGGAAGGCCAUGUUCACCUUCGUGGAGAAGCCCAAGGUGGCCCCGAACCCGGACCUGCUGGAUCUGGUGCAGACAGCUGACGAGAAGCGGAGGCAGAGGGACCAGGAGGCGGGCGUGGAGGAAGAGCCCUUCGCCCUGGGCGCUGAGGCUUCCAACUUCCAGCAGGAGCCGGCCCCUCGGGACAGGGCCAGCCCCGCGGCUGCAGACGAGGCGGUCCCCGAGUGGGCCUCCUGCCUCAAGUCGCCCCGCAUCCAGGCCAAGCCCAAGCCCAAGCCCAACCAGAACCUCUCCGAGGCCUCCGGGAAGGGGGCCGAGCUGUACGCCCGGCGCCAGUCGCGGAUGGAGAAAUACCCCACCAAGCCCCCGUUCCAGCUGCGGCCCUCGCUCUUCGUGCUCUCGCCCGUCAAGGAGCCCACGCAGGCCUCGCCCCGAGCCGCCUCGCCCGCCAAGCCCCGCUCCCUCGACCUGGCGCCCAGCCUGCCCAAGGCAGGUCUCCCGCCGUCCCCGGCCCUGCCCCGGGCCUCACGCUCCUCGCCGAGCCUCUACGCCUCCCCCUGCCAGGAUGGCCUGCAGCCCGCGGCCGUGAGCCCCCCCUAUGGCAGCGACAUCUCCCCGGUGUCCCCCUCCAGGGCGUGGUCUCCCCGAGCCAAGCAGGCACCCAGGCCCUCCUUCUCCACCCGGAACGCCGGGAUCGAGGCUCAGGUGUGGAAGCCUUCCUUCUGCUUCAAGUAAUGGCCCUGGGGUCCCACUGCCGUCGAGGCCCCUCCCCGAGGGCCGGGUGGAUAGCAGAUGUGGCAGCGGGCAGCGCAGAGCAGAGCAGGGACCGGGGAGUCUGUGGCUCAGUGUUGGUGGCUGCCGUCAGCUAGCCUGGGACCUUGGGCAAGUCGCCUCCCCUCCCUGAAGCCAGCUGCCCCUUCCCGACCACUGGGGCCUGGACUCCGCGUCUGAGUGUGGGGGCACGGGGAGAGAACCCUCGGCUGGUCCUCUGGUACCUUGGGCGGAGGGAUGCCGGAGCGCGUGUCCAGCGUCUUGCUGGGGGUGGCCCAGAAGGGGGUCCCCCCGGGACUUCUGGAGCUAGCGGCUGCGGGUCUACCUCCUCAGCCCCUCCAGUGGGCCUCCCCCGUGAGGCCUGUGCUCCUGGUUCCUUUUUUCCUGCUGCCGGACCCUCCCCUCCACGGCCUGCCUCUCCGCCUCUGCCUCCCCACGCUGCCGUCUCCUCCCCGCGGCUCAGGAGCCUCCUGGCCGACUCCGCCUUGCUGCCGCCCUGCGCUUCUCUUCCGCCCUCUCCAAGGCCCGGCCCUGCUGUAGGGACGCUCCUGGACCCAGACCCCAGUCCAGGCUGCCCCUGGCUUGCCUUCCCUGUCCCGGGUGGCGGGCAUCCCAGGGCAUCCCUAGAGAAGGAGAGCCCCGUGGGAGACUGCGCAGAAGUGGAUGUGCCAGGGAAAGCGCCCCCAGCUGUGCAGCCACAGGCUGUUUUGGUUUCAGCCAAGGUCUGCCUGGAUAAAAGAAGCCACCUCUUGGCAGUGCAACAGCCUGGGGGAGAGGCAAGGGAGGAAGGUCUGGUCCCAUCUCAGCCUCUGUUCGCUGUGUGACAUGACCAAGUCCCUUCCUUUCUCUGGGCCUCCAUUUUCUCUUGUAUAUAUGAGGGUCCUUCGAGCCAAAGCAGUCUGUGAGGAUUGAGAGACUAGGCUGAAGCCUGGGGAGAAAGGCCUCAUAAGUGUCGAGAUUGUCCCCUGGGAAGAGAGGAAAAGGAGAUGGGCAGGGGCUGAAGACAGAGGGAGUUAGCUGGCUCUGAGCUUAGCCUGGCAAGGGGGUGGCUGGAACAAGCUGCCACAGGGUCAGGGGUGAGAAGCCCGGGCUGGGUUGGCGAGGGACAGCCUGAAGGCAUGGGAGCCUGGCACUGGCUGGGGACGCAUGGCAGCUCAGCGAGAGGGGACGGAGGAGGCCUUAGUGUGUUAAGAAAAAUCUGGGGGCUGAGGUGAGUGGAUUGCCUGAGCCUGCGGGUUCGAGACCCGCCUGGGCAGCGAGACCUCAUCUCUACA